AUGAAGAAGUACAUGUUGGCUGAUCUGAAGCUAGAGAUUCAACCUCGCGAGUCGAAAGUUUACAUCCCCUCCUGGCAUCAACACCCUGAUCUCUCGCAGCUGAAGAAGAGCCUUAAGCACCGUCUCAAGACUCAACUUCUUCACUUCGAGGUCGUCACUGGCGGGAUUACACUUGGCGGCCUGCCUAUCGGCACGGAUGGAUUUCAUGCUAGUCAGCUCCGAGCGAAGGUUUCUACCCUCAACGAAGAGCUCUCGAAGCUCGGGCUCGUCCAGCAUGGCUUCAUGUUCAAGACGCUGGUGAGGGCGAGCCAUCUUCAGAAGCUCCGCUUCUUCUUCCAGGGGUCAUCUCCGUUUCUCCCGUGGGUCCAGUCACAGAUUCGUCUCUUUGACCUCUCUGUCCACCUGGCGCUUGAGAAAUACCACGGCAGUGUCCGACGGAAUGUGAUGGAUACCUGCAAACGCCGAUCCUCCAAGCUUCCCACGGCGCAUGACAACCUUACUCGUACGAUUCGGUCGAUGCUGAACGAAGCUGGUCUUCAGAGUGUCAUCGAUACAGUACCCUCCCAUCCUCAUGGCCGCAAGAUGAAGGGCGAUAUCCACAUCCCUGGAAUCCGCGAUCGAGGGUCCGAGCAGUACGAGGGCUUGAUGGCGGACGUGACGUUGGUCCACCCUUACAUUGGUAGCUCUGCCGACCUGACCAAGUGGGGGGAGGUCAACCUCGACGCCCUCCAUGUUGCAGCGUCUGAGAAGAUUCGCAAACAUCGCGCUGCAUAUGCUAUGACUACUCCUCCUCGAGCGUUCAUCCCUCUUGCCAUCUCGACGGACGGUACCCUGCAUCCUGACACCCUCCGCUUCAUCUGGUAUCUCGCGGACAUCAUUGCUCAGCGCUCGAUGCCUCUUGAGGAUGCGGCUCGGCGUUUGCUGACGCUGGAGGCGCUCUUGUCUGGUGCGAGGCGCAUGACGCCCUUGCGGGCGCAAGCACUUCUCGAGCCAGAGGACAGCUCCUCCUCGGACUUUGUCGAGUCGCCCGAGGAGGAGUCUUCGCCGGAGGUCUCCGACUCCGAUGGGGGAAACACGUCGAGUGGCGCCGACGAUCGGCGCGGAGCUGGCGACUCGGAGGCGUCUCCGUCCCUCACUGUGACGUCGGGUGCCUCCGGAGAGCUCGACACCCCUGGGGUGCUUGCUGCUGGUCCGAGCUCGCCUGCUUCCUCCCCGGCAUCGGUCGGGUCACGCCGGUCCUUGGGCAUUGCCGCGGCGUCGCCGCCGUCACGGGCGGCUACCACUGACUCGGCUACCGCUGACUCGGAGGCUAGCGAGGAGGACUACCUCGAGCGGUACCGUGUUCCUGUGUCCAGCCUCCCUCCGUCCGCUGCCCCAGGCGGACCCCCGGGCAGCGCCGGCUCCUUGUCGGCGGCUGCCCUUUCUCCGUCCGCGGCCGCCCGCUUUGUGGCGGCAGCGGACGUCUCGACUGACAGUGGUCAGUCGGCUGCCUCCGGGCUGCUUGUCUGCGCGGCUUCGCGCAUGGGCUUCGGCUGCUUGUCUGCGCGGCUUCGCGCUUGGGCUGGCGCUGCCGCGUCUGGCUUCUCGCUGUGGACUGUGUGCCUGGAGGUUUAG